AUGGCAAACUUGAAAAUUGAAACACCGGUAUAUCCAACUGUAGCAAGACAUGGUGAUUCUGAUUGGUAUCCUCAAUACACUUCUUCUCUCAAAAUGCUGAAAAGAUCAAAGCUUCAUAAAAUAUAUUCUCAAAAUUCAGUGAAGAAUUAUUUUACCAAAGUUCCAAAAUCAAGUUUGGACUCUCAUGAUCAACCUAAUCUAGAAGAAAAUGUCAACCACUCAGAAGUACCAUUGCUUUCUUCUCAGGAAUUUGAUUUGAAUUCUUUAAAGCAUGAUCCGGGUGAAAGAACUCAAAUCUUGGACUUUCAUCCAAAUCAUCGUGUUGUCAUUCGAAGAGAAUACCUUAGGAGAGGUCCUUGUCAACCUCGGCUUAAAGAGUAUCCUAAAACAAAAUUUUCUAGAUACAUGCGUCGUUUUAAUCCUCAGUGGUUUAGUGAAUAUUCUAAUUGGUUGGAGUAUAGUGAAAGUAAAGAUGCAGUCUUUUGUUUGAAUUGCUAUCUAUUUGCAGACGAUAAUAUUCAUCAAGGAGGGGGUGAUGCAAGAAAGAAUUGUGAAGAUCUAGUGCGACAAGAACAAUCUAUUCAAUCUCCACUUGUGAGGCAAGAUUCUCAAUUUAAGCAUGAGUAUCGGCUCCGCUUAACUACUUCAGUUGAUGUUGUAAGGUUUCUUUUGAAUCAAGGAUUGGUAUUUCGGGGUCAUGAUGAAUCUAAAUCAUCACUUAGCAGAGGUAAUUUUCUUGAAAUUCUUUCAUGGUAUUCUGAAAGGUGUGAUAACAUUAAAGAUUUUGUAUUGAAACAUGCUCCACAAAAUGAUCUGAUGACUUCUCCAAUGAUUCAAAAAGAAAUUAUGACUGCAUGCAAAAUUGAAACAAUUAAGGCUAUCAUAGAAGAAUUAAAUGGUGAUUACUUUGCCUUGUUGGUUGAUGAAUCUUUUGAUGUGUCGCGCAAGGAGCAAAUGGUCGUUGUUUUACGAUAUGUUGAUAGAAUGGGAUUUGUGAUGGAGCGACUUAUUGACAUUAUUCAUGUUCAAGAUACUUGUGCAUCAUCUCUAAAAGAAGCAAUUGUUAAUUUACUUGCUCAACAUUCCUUGAGUCUUUCUUAUGUACGUGGAAAAUGUUAUGAUGGGGCAAGUAAUAUGCAAGGUAGAAUCAAUGGCCUUAAAAUGUUGAUUAGGCAAGAAAGUAGAUCAGCUCAUUCUGUUCAUUGCUUUGCUCAUCAACUUCAACUAAGUCUUGUUGCGGUUUCUAAAAAGUGUGUUGAAGUGGGGGAGCUUGUACUAUUGGUUUCGAGUAUUUUGAAUAUGUUGGGAGCUUCUUUUAAACGCAUGGAUGAAUAUCGAUAA